AUGUCUGCUCCUGAGGAUACGGAUGAGACAAUUCCUAUCAGAAUCACUAAUGCGGAGCUAGCACGUAUAGUGAGAGAACAAAAAGCAGCAAAUGCAGCACUUACCAAGAGACUCCAAGAGUUGGAGAAGAAGGUGGAUAAAGACAAGGAGAGCGAGUCUGGGGAUGAUGAAGGGAGUGAAGAGGAGAAAGAUGACACUGAUCAAGACGUCCCGGCUGAUCAGAGACCUUUCCUCAAUGCCCUAAGAACCAUGGAUGAAAAGAUAGACCUACCAGUUUUCAGUGGUAAAAUGAAUGCAGAUUUGGCCUUGGAUUGGAUAGAGGCCUUGACAAGUUUCUUCGAGUGUGAAGACAUUCCAGAAAAGAAGAGAGUGAAGAUGGCAAAAUCCAAGUUAAAGGGUGCAGCCUUAACUUGGUGGAACUUCAUCCAGACAGAGAGGGUGAAGAAUGGGAAGAGUAUGAUAAAUUCGUGGAACAAGAUGAUAGCCCUAGUGAAGGAAACAUAUGUACCAGAAGACUAUGGGGUACAACUUCAUAGAAGGAAGCAAAGCCUAAAGCAGAAGGAUAUGGACGUAGGCUCCUACACUGAGGAGUUCUUGAAACUAUGCAUGAAAACAAAUGUGGUAGAAGAUGAAGAAGAGAAACUAGCAAGGUAUAUGAAUGGUCUCAAGAUGUCCAUUCAAGAGGAACUCAGCCUACACUGCCCUACCACGGUGAGCAAGUGCUAUCAAAUGGCACUCAAGGUAGAGGAGAAGUGGAAAAGAAAGCAAGAAACAAAUAAGGGAAAGAACAAUGACAGUGGGAAGAACUAUAGAGGAAGAGGAAACCCUUGGAACAAAGGCAGUAGCAGUAGGACCAAUGACCAAGCUGACAAGGAAAACCAUGACUCUAAUUUUAGAGGGAACUAUAGAGGAAGGAGACCCUUUAAUAGGGGAAGAUCAAACACGGGAAGAGGAAAUGGAAAUGGAACCAUAAGGUGUUACUACUGCAAUCAGUUGGGACACCAUGCAGGAAGAUGCCCAGAGAAGAAGAACAAUAACAAUCAAGGUGAAAGAAGAGCACAACUCGUUCAAGAGGACAAACAAGAGAACAACACUGGUGCAAGGGACUUGGAACCGGAGGAAGGAGUAUGCUUAAUGAUGAGACAAAUCUUUCUACAAGUACCACAAAAUCAAGAACCUCCACAAAGGAAGAACCUCUUCAGAACAAAGAUCAAGUGCCAUGGGAAGGUAUGCAAUUUGCUUAUAGACUCUGGUUCAACUGAAAAUUUAGUUUCUAAUGAAAUGGUCCAAAAACUAAAUCUUCCUAGGCAGCCACAUCCUUUUCCUUACCAUGUCUCUUGGCUUACCAAAGGUCAGCAAACACUAGUAACUGAACAAGCAUGGGUAGAAUUUUCAAUCUCAGAUUUCAAGGAUAAAGUCCUUUGUGACAUUGUUGAAAUGGAUGCUUCCCACAUCCUUUUAGGCAGGCCUUGGCAAUUUGACGUGGAUGCCACACACCACUGUAGGAAGAAUACCUACUCCAUCAUCAAAGAUGGGAAAACCUUCACCAUGAAACCCCUUCCUGAUAAUAAGGGUGAAAAGGAACCUACUGUUAUCAUUAUGGGUAAGAAAGAAAUGAUGAAAGCAUUGAAAGAACCUGAAACUGAGUCCUAUGUCCUGAUUACCAAACCUAAGGACAGCAUAAGAUGUGAUGAUAAGGACCCUACACCAAAUGAAGUCAAGAACCUUUUAGAAAAAUACAGUGCUGUCACUGCUAGUGACCUACCCACAAGCCUCCCUCCCUUAAGAGAAAUUAGUCACCAGAUUGACUUAAUUCUGGGCUCAUCUUUACCCAACAAGGCCCCAUACAAAAUGACACCAUCUCAGACUGUAGAGAUUGCAAGGCAAGUUGCUGAACUGUUGGAGAAGGGACUGAUUCAGAAAAGCCUUAGUCCAUGUGCUGUCCCAUCAGUCCUAGCCCCUAAAAAGGAUGGAAAAUGGAGGUUGUGCACGGACAGCAGGGCCUUGAAUAAAAUUACCAUAAGAUACCGGUUUCCUAUCCCAAGAAUGGAGGAUUUAUUGGACCAACUUGGCACUGCUGGUUAUUUCUCAAAAAUUGAUUUAAAAUCAGGCUAUCACCAAAUCAGGAUCAAACUGGGAGAUGAAUGGAAGACAGCGUUUAAAACAACGGAAGGUUUGUUUGAAUGGCUUGUUAUGCCAUUUGGUUUGAGCAAUGCUCCAAGUACAUUUAUGAGACUUAUGAACGAAAUUUUUAGUGAUUUUUUUUGGUAA